GACUGGAAGCCCGACCCGUCCAAGUCGAUCCCGCUCCCGCCCAACAGGCAGCGCCUGAUCGACGACGUGAUUGCGCUGUACAGCAUGGAGCCCACCGUGGAGCGGGUUAAGCGGUACACCCCGGACUGCGUGUAUGACGAUCAGUUUGUGUAUGCGAAUAACCGGUACAAGAUGGCUGGCCAAUGGUUCGGCCUUCCGAAACUGUUCAAGGCGUCGAAGAACGAGAGCUACGAGGUCGUUCGUAACGACCCGGGUCUUAUCCAGUUCAAGAACGAGCAGACUUGGACAUUCUUGCCCCCUAUUACGAAGUCCGUCACGAUUAACGCCCUGGUAUCUCUGUCCCUGGAUCCAGCAACGAAGGACUCUGAGUUCCCCAUGAUCAAGUACCACAAGGACCAGGCCAACGACCAGGAUUAUAGCCACAAGGGCUUCGGCUUCUGGUUCAAGAAG